GUCUUAUUGCUCGCAGCAGCGACAUCGCCGCUCUCUCAGUUGACUCUGGCGCCAGUCUACGGGUCCAUUCCAGCCUCGAUCAACCAUGCCACCAUGAUCACGGUCUCGAUACUCACGGGAAUCUUCUUGCGAUUCUUCUACAAGACCAACUCGCCGCAUAGCGUGGGUAGACUCGUGGCGAUCUGGAUGUCCUGCAUGCCGGUGGUCCAAAAUGCAAUUUCUCGGUAUAGCGGCGAACUGGGAAUCGUCAGAGGGCCGAUCAUCAAUGGACUCAUUACUUGUCACUCGAUCUUGAUACCUUCUGCAUAUGUCCUGGCGGAGCUAUGGGAGAAGUUGAGCGCUCGCACUUUUCUCGACCGGCCAUUUGGGUACCUGGCUGGCGCUGUCAUGAUAACUGUAUCCUUCCGGAUGCUAGAGACGUUUCUCAGCACAGCGGCUUUACCCUCUUUACGACCAACCAUCCCUUCUCUGGAUCCUAUCUCCAUGCAGCUCAUCGUCUCAGUGGCAUACUCACUCCUAUACCCAACGUACAUCGCACUACUGAGCAUAGCAGCUCUAGCAGCCUACCACAACCCCCACCUCUCGCCAUCCACCAUCAACACCCACCUCCGCGCCCACAACUGGACCCUCCUCGACCGCGCCUGGUCCAACACAGGCUACAUCUCCGUCCUCGAAAGCUCCACAAACCAAUACCGCCUCCUCCGCGCCGACCACUCCCUCCUCGGCGGUGAAUGGCUCCUCACCCCCUCCCGCAAACUCCAAGGCUGGCAAGUCCCCGAAUCCAUCUACGCCGUCUUCUCCAUCCUCGAAUCCGUGCGCCUCAUCGACCUGUCCCCUGCCCCUCCCAUCCCCGAUCGCUCCGCUUCCGCCCUCGUCAUCGGCCUGGGAAUCGGCACCGCACCUUCCGCUCUCAUCACCCACGGCAUCCACACCACCAUCGUCGAACUCGACCCCGUCGUGCACGCUUUCGCAACGAAGUACUUCGCCCUUCCACCAAACCACACUGCCAUCCUCCAAGACGCCGUCUCCUGGGUCCACCACACCUCCUCCUCACAACCCGACCACAGGAAAAAAUACGACUACAUAAUCCACGACGUCUUCACCGGCGGCGCCGAACCCCUUCCCCUCUUCACCGCCUCCUUCCUCACUUCCCUCCGCUCCCUCCUCACACCCAACGGCGUCAUCGCCCUCAACUACGCCGGCGACCUCUCCCUCCCCCUCACCCGUCUAGUCCUCCACGCCAUCUCCAAAACCUUCUCCCACCAAUGUAAACUCUACCGCGACAGCCCACUCGAGUCCAAGUCCCACCUCAACGCCAACGAUACAGAGGAAGAUUUUUUAAACAUGGUGGUGUUUUGUCGGAAUAGUCCCGGGGAGAUUCGGUUUCGGAAACCGGUGAAAGGGGAUUUUGUGGGCAGUCGGACGAGGGAGGCGUAUAUGCUGCCGAAGAAGGAGUUGGAGAUUGAGUUUCCGAAGGGGGAGGAGGGAAAGGGGGUGUUGGAGGAGGGAGAGGUGGGAAUGUGGGAGGGCCAGCAGCAGGAGAGUGCGAUGCGGCAUUGGGGGAUUAUGAGGAAGGUUUUGCCGGGGGUGGUGUGGGAGUUGUGGUAG